GCAAGCAAGCAUGAAGAUCCAUGUUGAGAAUCGAUCGUGUUUCUUCUUCUCAUUCUUCGUCAUAUGUUUUUUCUUGUUGAUCCAAACAUCACACCAGCAGAAUACCACGUGUCCGUUUCAGUAUAUAUACCACUUUGGAGAUGGAAUCACAGAUAUUGGAAACUCGAUUAGGGUUCUCCCUUUCGGCCCUUUUCUUCCUUCCACGCGUCCGCCUUAUGGUACAACUUUUCCCGGUCGACCCACUGGUCGUUGGUCCGAUGGCCGUGUCGACGUUGACUAUAUAGCUGCUGAUCUAGGCUUGCCAAACAUCGUACCUUAUUUGUCAAUGCGUGGUUCGACCAGCAACGAUGGCGUCAUCUUUUCGGUUGCACGGAGUCCAGUUUUAGACCGUUUAUUUUUCAACUUAAGGGGCGUUGACUUUCCACCUUAUGCUGUUCCUCUUAGUGGUCAACUAAGAUGGUUUAAAGCUUAUCUUUCAUCCAUUUGCUCAACAUCACAAGAUUGUGCCGUUAGACUUGCGAACUCCCUUAUAGCUUUGGGAGAUAUUGAAGGCAAUGACUAUGGCUAUCCGUUGGCGCAGGGCAAGUCAAUUCAAGAAGUCAACACUUACGUGCCGUUUGUUAUACGAGCUCUUAUCGAAGCUGCAACUGAACUGAUCCGAAUGGGGGCCACACGAGUAGUAAUUGCGGGAAGUGUUCCGGUUGGAUGCUACCCUUAUAUUCUUACAGCAUUACAAACGAACAAUGCAGCAGACUACGAUAAUUUAGGAUGUCUGAAGAGUGUGAAUGAUUUUAUCGUGUCGAAAAACCAACUUCUCCAAGAAGCCGUUACAAAUCUCGCUGCACAAUUUUCCAAUGUCGGCGUAUAUUAUGGCGACCUGUACGGACCCGUGCAAACAAUUAUUCAAGAGUCAUUGGUUUCAGGGAACAUGACGCUGAAAGCUUGCUGCGGAAUUGGAGGAAAAUAUAAUUACAAUAGUCGAAGGUUUUGCGGAAGUCGAGGGGUGCCGGUUUGCGCAAAUCCAGACGAGUACAUCUAUUGGGAUGGCUUACACUUUACUCAAGAGGCUUACGCUCGGUACACAGAUAUUGUAGUGCAGCCAUUUCUUCCGGUUCUCGGUUGCACAUCAAAUUAAGUUCUUUUAUAUAUAUGAAGAAAUAAUAAAUAUUUAGAUAUAUGGGUCGCUAUGAAAUAAAUGUUGAAAAUAUACUUUGUAUUUUUCUAUAAUGAUAUUUAUAAAUAAUAACUAGGCUUGAGUUUGAGG